UGAUGUGUCGCAGAUUUUAAAAAGUGAGGGAGGCAGACGGCAGAGUUUCUCCGAGAGGGCAGCAGCGGACUGUUGACACGGGACGCGAGCACCAGCGCGAGCACUUCCACGGCUCUCCUUUCCCUCCUCCGCAUCUCUUUUUUAACUAUUUUUUUCCCCACCUCAAAGAUACAAAUAUAUUUUCCUGCAUUUAGCCACAAACAAGCGGAGACCCAGUUUGCGUCCUCUUCGGAAGGAGCGAGGCUGCGCGCGGCGAUGGAGCUGUCAUCCAUUGGAGAUCAAGUGUUUGCAGUUGAGUCAAUAACAAAGAAGAGGGUGAGAAAGGGGAAUGUGGAGUAUCUUCUGAAAUGGCAGGGAUGGCCCCCGAAGUACAGUACCUGGGAACCGGAGGACAACAUUUUGGACCCUCGCCUGGUCCUGGCCUACGAAGAGAAUCAGGAGAAGAUCAGAGCUCUGGCCUAUCGCAAGAAAGGUCUGAGACCCAGGAGGCUGGUCCUGCGGAACAUCUUUGCCAUGGACCUGCGCAGCGCCAACAAAGAGGCGGAGAAGCCCCCGCCCCGCUUGCGGCUCUCCCUGACCAGAUCCAUGAGCACGGACGUGGACCAGGUGGAGCGCGGCGGAAUCUACCGCCGCCCGCUCAGGAGGAGGAGGAGCCGGCAGAGGGCGACCCGGGGGCCGCCGGAGGGCGCCGCAGGAAAACCCAUCCGCCCACAGAGGAAGAAGGUGGAGGAGCCCACGGAGGAGGAGGAUGAGGAGGAGUGGGGGGGCACCAGCGAAGAAGACAAGCAUGAAUCUGAGAGCACCAUCGGCGAGAGAUGUGAAGACAGCGUUUACGGUCCAUCGGAGUGCAGCUCGCCCCCCCUGCUGGAGCGGCAGGACCUGGAGAUCGAGGUGGAGGAGAAGGUGGAGGACGAGCUGAUAGCUGCCCGAACGGAAAUAUGGACCGAUGGCGAGUGCGGCGGGACGUCCGACACGGGACACAGAGAGACAGUUGCGUGCGACCAAUCAAAGGACAGCGCCUCCGCGUCCGAGGACAGGGCGGGAGACGAGGCGUCCGUGGGCGACCGGUCAGACUGGGAGGGCGUGGAGUCCAGAGAGGGCCGCCUCUGUCCGAGAAGCAACGCGACUUCAGUCAUCGUGAGCAUCCUGGGGAACAGAGAGACGGCGGGCGACGGCACCACUACCACCGCCGCCGGCGCCGCCGUCCGCUCGUCCGACGAGGCCGGGAAGGAGGAGGCGAGGGGCGACAAUCAGAGCGUGAACACAGCGGAGCCAGGCAGACAGAUCGGGAAGGUGAUCAUGACAGAUGUGACUAUAAACUCCCUGACGGUGACUUUUAAAGAAGCGAUGGUGGCUGAAGGCUUCUUUAAGGGCUACUGAGAGAAACAGAGAGAGAGGGAGCGAGAGAGACGGGGAGAAAGAAAGGAUGAAGUACCCAUAAUUAGACUUGCCACUCAUUUUGUACGUGUAAAUAGUCGUGUAUGUAAUAUAUUUUCACAUGUUUACAAAGCUACACUCAUUUCCUACUGAGUUCAGUGAAGACAUUAUUGCCUUUGAAUUAAAAAUGAGUGGUAAUUUUAUCAUUGUGGCUCAUUUAUUAGGGGUGAUAGGAAGCCCGAGGCCCUGACAAUGUGCCCAAAUUAUCCAUUGCAAUGCAGCAGACUAAAUGGAUCUCAGAGGCAGGUUUCAUUCCAGGGGCCGCCGGGUUUACUGAGAGCAGGAGACAGAUGGUGAGACAGCAGCCAGAAGCGAUCCAGUUCACAUUACUACUUCGAUGCAGCUACUUUUUACCAGUCGUCCUCAGUGCUUUCCAGCAAGACGUCGGUCUCACACUCAGAUCUGUUCUCGGGGCCUGUUUAAGUCGCUCCUCUUUCUUACCGAUAAUGUUUUUGUAAAGACUUUGCUCUUUCUUUCUUUCCUUUCUGCUUUUCUUUUUUUCUUUCUUUCUUUUCCACUAUUCGCACAGAGCUAGCCGCAUGCCCUGUCAGUCUGUGCCGCACAUGCACAAAGCUCUGUCCUGUGCUUUGUUGAAGAGGUUUAUUUCUGUCACAAAAGAAAUAAGACAAAGAGAAUUAAUGCCUGCCGCUUAGAUGAAGUUCUGCAUUUCAAGGAGGACGGAUGCA